CAGGAAGGGAUUAUUAACCAGCGCGCUGCCGACAUGUGAAGGGAAAACACACGCAGACAAAAGAAGUUUUCACGCCGACAGCCGCGUUAUGAAGCCAGCCAGCAGAUAGAGAAAACAGCGGGCUACAUGAACAAAACAACUUCUCCCGAGACUACAAGCCGAGCAGCCGGACCACCGCCGCUUUCUACAAGGAGAGAGAACAUUUGGAGAUAAAACGAAGAGAAGGGGAAAGGGAAAAGUGGAAGGAGACGGAGAGAAGUUGACGGGAGAUAAUGUCUGAAUCCUCCACGGUUGUGACCAAGCAGGAGAGGAGCUCUUUCAGUCCUUCCGCGAACCCGCUGCCAAACUCCACUUCCUCCCCCGUCCAUGCUCCCGCCGCGAGGCCAGCCAGCCGAAUGGAAGACGAGCCUGCCAGGCUGCCUGCGCACCUGCGUUUGCAGCCAGUAUUCUGGAGCAGAGAAGAUGUGGCCCAGUGGCUACGAUGGGCAGAGAAGGAGUUUGCACUCCGGCCAAUCACCAGUGGGUCUUUCCAGAUGAACGGCAAAGCCCUGCUGCUGCUCACCAAGGAGGACUUCCGCUACCGCUCCCCCCCCUCCGGGGAUGUCCUGUAUGAGCUGCUGCAACACAUCCUGAAGCAGAGGAAGCCCCAUGUGUUCUACCCAUCUGCCUACUUCCCGGGUAACUCCUUCCACUCAUUGCCUGAAAGCGCUGUACAUCACAUAAAGCUCGAAGAAACGGUACGGCGGGGAACACGUGGUGCAGAGCCCGUCCCCCAGCAUCCACCAACUAUUGAGCUGCGGCACCGCUCCCGCUCCCCCCACAACACAGCACCCCGACGAUCCCCUCCAGAGCAAAACCACCCGCGCCCCGUCAAUGAGGACCACCUCCAGACCUUCUCCCAGCUGCCCGACAGCAACCACCACAUGUCUGAGGACAUGUAUCCUCUAUCGGUGUCCCCGGCUGCCCCGAAUGGCCGCUGCGGCACUCCCCGAGAAGGCCCCUGCCCGGGCAGCCCAGGGGGCCAGGAGGCAGGCCCUCCUCGCGUCAUCCAGCUCAUGCCCAGUGCCAUCAUGAACCCUCUGCUCCUUAGCCCAAACAGGAACAGCAGUGGUGCCACCGUGGAAUUCAGGCACAGCCGUGGUGGACCCCCAUCACAGGUCACGCUUGAGAAUGGACGUGAUGGGAAAGUCCACCACCAUCAGAUACCACUGAUCCAGCAGCAGCAGCAUCUACUGCAGCAGCAGGAGGAGGCACUCUACAGGAACCAUAUCAUCAUGCCUGUUUCUCCUCCAGAGGACCAGCAAAUGCCCAUUGGGCGGAUAGCAGACUGCAGGCUGCUGUGGGACUACGUCUAUCAGCUCCUGUCAGACAGCCGGUACGAGAAUUACAUCCGCUGGGAGGAUCCAGAGAGCAAAGUCUUCCGCAUCAUGGACCCCAAUGGCCUGGCCAGGCUUUGGGGCAACCACAAGAACAGGACCAAUAUGACGUACGAGAAGAUGUCACGAGCACUGAGACACUACUACAAACUGAACAUUAUCAGAAAGGAGCCUGGGCAAAGACUUCUAUUCAGGUUCAUGAAAACUCCGGACGAGAUAAUGAACGGGCAGACGGACCGGCUGGAGCACCUGGAGUCCGACACAGACGAACAAAUCUACAUCAAAGAGGAAUGCUGAGAAACUCUGGGAAAGCGAGUGUUUGAACUACUACUACUACUACUACAGCCGCUGAUGCCUUUCAGAAGCAGCUUGAACAAUCGUUAUGGAACCCGGACAAGUAACGUCAGACCCGAACAGACACAUGAAAUCUGAUCUCUAAAGAUUGCCUUAGGAUACUUUCCUGUAGUAAAAAAACCCCAUAAAAAGUUCAACAGUUGUUCUGAUUUUCGUGAGAUACAGAGCUAAAAGGACUUUUUGAAGUGCUCCCUUUUUUGUUUCUGAAUGAACUGAAAAAGAAAGCCAAUCACUUUGUGCUUAUGUCACUUUUCUGAUCUUAUUUUAUUUUUCUUCUCCUCACGUACAUUAUAUGGAACUUUUGUUGUUUGUAAAAAAAAAAAAAAAUAAGUUGGGUGUGUCCGUGUGUGACAGGAAUGUUUUCACCAUGGAAUAAACAUUUUUGAUC